UCCGUGGCCGAGCGUUUUAGCCCACUUGCUCAGAAUUGCUAGGUCCAGGGGUCGAUAACUAAUACACUUGAUAGACCCCCAGACCCCUGGCUUGGUUGUCUGAGUGGAUUGCUCAAGUACCCGACUUACAUACAUAGGCACACACCAGACUUGUUCUCUGUCUCCUCCACCAGCCAAAACGCAAACGGGUCCGCACUGCCGAACACAAUACUUUCGCUAUGUCUCUCGUGGAAUGCCCCUUGCUUUCCCGGGAACAAAACCCCAACCAGAAGAACAUGGACGAAUCUGAAAACUCUACUACCGUGUCCUUACACGAGAAAUCCUGCGAUAGCUACACCACCCACUCAACCUACGACGAAGACGCUCUGGACGAGUUUACCGACAUGGACGAGGAAUGCAUCAUGGGGCAAGCAACUGUCAUGGACACCACCAAGGACUCGAAACGAGCCUCCGUGGUGGAGGCGCCGACGGUCCCUCAAAGGAGUAGCCUGAGGGCUUCCAAGAUAUUCGACAAGCUUAGGCUCACCUCGAUCGAGUCUGCCACACAAUCAUUGGCCUCUACCCACGAAAUGUACCUGUCAUCCGAGGAGGAUGCAUCGUCCUCCGCUGACGACUUUUCCGACUACGAGUCUGACACAGCCACCGACGAAUCACCAGAAUCGCCAGUACGGCGCCGCCGGAGCCACGAGGAUACCGCUAAGAUUGUAUCUGUCGUCUUCUCUGGCAAGCCAUGCAUCGUCGAACUGCCGAGAAGAGCGAUAUCGCCCGUCUCAGUUGAGACACGGCCGCAAACCAGUGGCGCCGAGUCGCAACGACCGCCGCGUCAACCAAUGCGGCAAAGUAGCCUGUUCACCACCACCACCCUGCCAACCCAACGGCCGUCCUUCCUGAAUACUGACCCCUACGCCACCGGAAACUACUGUAUGGAUUCGCCUAAAGACGACGAGGUCGCUAGUCCGCGAACGCCCAGGAAUAUGGCCGUGUUCAGAGGAGUCUCCCGGACUUUGAGCUUGGUCAGAAAGCGAAGUCGGCACACCCUGAACCAGUUUAACAAGAACGGGGCCGGGGACAGUCCUACUUUAACUUCCUCGUCCUCGACGUUGGAUCUUUUACAGACCGUGACAGCUCCUGAAGCACCGCCGAAAGAGGAGGAAAAGCUUGCCGAAAUUGUCACAUCGCCUACUGUCAUGUCACCACAAUCACCUGUCAGCUACAAUGACAUUAUCAAGGCUGCCACCCGGGCGGCGAAGAGAAAUACCACUUGCGCAACAACUCCAUCACAACCCAUAUCACCAAUGUCACCCAUCAGCCCGGCGACACCAAAGAAAGGACUACUGAAAGGUCUCAACAUGAAUCGACGACGAAGCAUGAAAGCAUGACGCGCGCUCGGAUUUACCUGGCAACAUUCUUUGCAAUUACUUAAUAGGGGGGCAUCAUUCUGGCGUUUCACGAGCUCAUGGCAUGGCGUUCUCCGCGGGCGUUCGGAAUCAGCAUUGGACAUCCAUUGGGUUAUUCCACUCGUUAUUUCAUUUUUCCUACUUCUCAUUUGAUAUCCCAGCCAUUUACCACACCCCCCAACAUAAAUGUACAUAGUCGACACGGCGGGGGAGAGGCCAAGAGUGCCAAAGCUCACGAGAGCCGGUGGGGAGUAAUAUGACGAAAUAGCAUUCCCAACCAUACCUUCGUCAUCACCUCAUUUUUGCCUAAUAGUGAUAAAUCGGCUGCUCUAUUGUAUCGGAACAUGCCAAGUUGAACGUGAUCACCCCGAGUUCCUCAAUGCAACGUAAUUACCAAAAUUUUCGCCAGGGCCAUUACCCCCAGUAAAUCCCAUGCCGAUCAUGGUGUGAAACAGGCCGGCAGC